UAAUGAAAUACUCGAACUAAAAAGCUUUCACAGAAAACGUCAGUCAUAAUUCAUAAAUCAGCUCUGUGUAUUUCGAAUCUUUGAAAUCGUUUAACUGAAAACAAAAUUGUUGGGUAAUCAUCUGUUCGUGAUCCACACACGACUGGUGAACGCAGACCAUCGGCGCUAAUUCAUUGAUUCCUCGAGUUUCGUGCUCCGAGUUGCGCCGGCAAUGGAUGGUCCGAUGGGAGUAGGUCAAGGGCAGCCACAGCAGCAACAAGAACAACCACAGCAACAAGCGGUGGCGAAGGAGAGGCUGAACCCUGCCGUACAGCAGCAACUUAACCUAGAAUCCGUCAAGACUAGAGCAUUGAGCCUCUAUAAAGCCAUCACUCGCAUCCUUGAAGAUUUCGAACUCAUUGCCCGCACCAAUUCCGUACCCAAGUGGCAAGAUGUAUUGGGUCAAUUUUCUAUGGUAAACCUUGAGCUCUAUAACAUUGUCGAAGACAUUAAGAAGGUUUCAAAGGCAUUUGUUGUCCAUCCAAAGAAUGUCAAUGGUGAAAAUGCUGGAAUAUUGCCUGUUAUGAUUUCAUCAAAGUUAUUACCAGAGAUAGAAGCAGAUGACAAUUCCAAACGAGAACAGUUACUAUAUGCAAUGCAAAAUCUCUCUGUCCCCUCACAGAUUGAAAAGUUAAAGGCUAGAAUUGAUAUGAUUGGAGCAGCUUGUGAAAGCGCUGAAAAAGUCAUUGCUGACACUAGAAAAACCUACUUUGGCACUCGCCAAGGGCCCACCAAUAUCUUAACUCUGGAUAAAGCUCAAGCUGCAAAGAUUCAAGAACAAGAAAAUUUACUUAGACAUGCUGUUAACCAUGGUCAAGGUUUACGCAUACCCAUGGACCAAAGACAGAUCACAUCAUCACUUCCAUCUCAUCUAGUGGAUGUGCUCCCAGUAAAUGAUGGCAUCCAGACCAUUUCUGAGUCGUCCGGAAUGUACAUGAAGAACACCCCUCCAAUGUCUUCAAAUACUGUAAACAGUCAAGGAGCAUUGUUGCAGGCUUCUGGCUCACAACUCAUGGGAAGAGCAGCUGCAUCACCUUCGGGUCCCACUGGGGCAUCAUCUUUUGAUAACACAACAGCAUCUCCUUUACCAUAUGCAAACUCACCAAGAUCUGGAAACAUGAUGAACACACCUUCCCCACAACAACAAACUCAACAACAACAACAGCAGCAACAACAACAUCAACAACAACAACAACAACAAAGACAAAGAUUGAUGCAGCAGUUACCACAACAUCAGCAGCAAAUGCUUGCUCAAUCACUCAGGCAAAAUCCAAUGACUGGAUUAGCACAGAAUCAAUUGUCACAGCUGCAUGAUUUGCAAGGUCAAGCUCAACAGAAGUAUCAGUUACAUGGUCAGAAUCAGAUGGCUUUUUCUCAGUCAUUAGGAGGGCAGCAAUUUCAAGGUAGACAAUUACCUAGUGGAGGUAUUCAACAUGGGAUUGCACAAAGCCAACUAAACCAAGGAAACCAAUUAGGUCGCCAUUUAAACCAAAUGUCUACCACUGCCAACACUGCAUUGUUUAAUGCUGCACAAGCUACACCAAAUAACCAAAUGAUGUCAAAUAUGACGGGUAUGAUGCCAUCACAAUCAAUGUUACCUCGGAUGCAGGUUAGUUUUUUCAUAACCUUUUUUUUUUUUUUUACAAAUUUGUUUAUAAACUUUUGUAAAUUUCAGUUUGGAUUAUCUGGUGGCAACCGGAGUCUUGGAGCUCAAAAUUUGAGUGAUCAGGUGUUUAAUAUGGGAGGGAAUCCUGGUAGCAUGAUGCCUAUACAACAACAACAACAACAACAGCAACAACAACAACAGCAGCAGCAAGGUGGUUUUGGGAACAUGCAACAAAACACCCAGAAUUUACAACAACAGCAACCUGGUAUGGUGGUACCUAUGCAGCAGAAUCCCCAACAGAAUCAUCCCAACUUUCAACAACAUAGACAAAACCAGUAGUACCUUAUCUUAUUUUUUACUAUUUAUGUGUUAAGGUUGUUACAGUUGGCAAAUGUUAUGCUCAUUUCUGAAUUGUCUGUUUCUUUCUUCUACUUGUCAAUUUUAACAAAACAAAAUCGCAUGCUUGUA